CCCAAGAACACAAAAUGGCGGCUAACGCAGGGGGUUCAGCAGGGACAUCUGCCCCUCCAGAGCCUGAUUCAAGUGAAAAUGCUCCUCUGUUGCAAGAACAAGAUGAUCGAAAUGAAAAUCUGGGACCACCACCUCCAUUCGUCGCAAGUAAGUGGAUUUAUAACCAUUAUAAGCUCUUUUCAUCCUUUUGAGAGGAAACUGCGGAUGGUCGAACUUCAUUCCUGUUUAUUUUCGAAGCGUAUUACGAAAUAUUUCCUGUUUCGCAGUUUGGGUAUUAAACUCUAAUGAUUCUUCUCAGAAGUCUCAAGGAUAUAUUAAGGGUGCGACUAAGGAUUCACAACUUUCCGAUUUGAUAUUUUUGUGACAAGCAACAAUUCAUUUCACACCAUGUUUGUUUCAGCCUUAGUGUUGUUGCGAUAACAAUUGCAGUUAGAUGAAAGCCGGUUGUAGUUUAAUUCCUUUGAGCCUUGUUCGGUGUGAUGCAGAUUUUUGAGAAAUGCUUAGAUGUAUGGGGAUUAAUUAUGGUCUUCCAAUCAAGUUUAAAGAAUGGACGAAAUCAUUCGAUGAGUUGGUGCAAAAUCGAAAAGUAAAAGAAUGCGCAUAUCAUGGCUUUUGGGUAAUAACCGCAGGCAGCUUGAUCCAUAUUGGUAACGUAAUAGGGGAACACUUUCCAUUCUUCAGCAUUUUUUAUAUAUUUUGACCUUAAAUUCUGAUAUGCUUGCCACUUGUAUUGUUCUAUACAUUUAUUUUUGUCUCUAACAAAGCUAAAUGUGUGCAAUCAAGUAGAAAAAAGUCCCAUGAGAAAACUCGUCAUGUGUUAAAAAAAAUUCAGGGAGUUGUGGUAAAGCUUUCGGUUAGUGAGGCAUUGCAUCUGAUUUUAUUGCAGUGUCACAGCAUUGCAUUCACUUACUCAUUGCUUUUUGUUGCAAAUGGUUAAUUUCUACUCCAGACAGUGAUUAUACUUCUUACAGGUCACAAAAAAACUCCCUAUUUUAUGGUGCAUGUAAGAAUGUAGGUUAAACUACCAAGCUGUGAGUGAAUGUUGACAUCAUGAUAGUUUUUUCUUUUGUGUUACAUUUUUUGCCAAUUCAUGUUUCACAGAAUAUUUAGUCAGUAAAAGGCAAAUAUUAAUGGCAUCAGCAGUAUCUGAAGGUAUUGCCCCAUUGCAGAUGUAUCCCUUACCAGAUUUUCAAGUUCUACCCCUGCUUCAGAACAAGUGUACCACCAAAUAGACCUUUUUACAAUUCCUAGCGCCAUAUUGGACAUGCAACCGCGCACACAUGAGAACCAGGCUGGGGUUGACUCGUGUUAAAUCUCUGUGAGCGCUUUUGUUGAAAUUCGUAGGUGGGCUGUAAAAUUGUUCGAUUUUUAAGGAAAAUGAAUGGUCCUAGCCGAAAUCUCAAUAAAGCUAAUUUUUCUCCCAAAAAGAAAGGAAAGCAGUGUGCCGCUUUUGGUUUUUCAAAUACAUUUUAUGGCCCCAAUGGUUUGCCUACAAGCUUUCACUUCUUCAAGUUUAUGCACAGAGGCAUGUAUUUUUGCUAAGUAUUUAUUGUUCUAUACUUAUCUUAUUCUCUGUGAAUUAUGGAUGAGGGUAACUAUUGUUGCAAAAUUAAUACAAAUUUUCUAUUAGGUACCUGAAUUGUUUUAAGUACAAUAGAGUUUUUUUUUUAUGUCAGCAGUAAGUCAAUAAGUUCAGUACUGCUCACCUGUUUACUACAUGGCUUGCCUUAAACACUCCUAACAGAAAAACUCUUGGAAAGUAAUUGCUUUUAAUAAAAUAACCAAGACACUGUAUCUUUCAAGUUUUCACUUAUUAUGGCAGACCCAGAAAACUGACACAAAUUUGGUAGCAAUUGUGACAAAAGAAGUUUUCAGUAGUUGUUGUUUUUGUUUUUUAUGAUAGCAUAGUAAUCCACUGUGGAUGCUACAUGGAACUCUCAAAAAAUAUUUUUUGUGCAUUAUGUAUCAAUCAAUUUGAUGCUUCAAAUUGAAAAAAAGUAAAAGUGAGUUUCACCAACCAAAAGAGGUCUCAACACAAGAUGAACCAUGACACUAAAUUUAUUAUUCACAAAAUUGUUCUCAUAAUAAAAAGUUUGAUAGAAGUCUCGCAAAAUUAAUUUCUCAUAAAAUUCGAUGGUCUGAAAGAUUCUCUUCCAAACAAAUCUUAUGGUAACUGUAACAGUAUAAAGUAAAUAUCUUGAUUUGGACAUAUUUCUCAAUCUUUUAAGUAUCUUCUUUACAUCUCAAAAUUAUAUUAUCAUAACAUUGGUUAACACAAUGCAAUAAGAACUAGUAUAACAAACCUUUGUGUCAGAAGGCCUCUGAUCGCUAAGAAUGGGAAUAUCAAUUCACUUAAAUGUGUGUAAAGGACUAGCAUUGUUGAGAUCAGUAGCUGAGAGGAAGCAUUUCUGUUCUCUUCCUUUAACCCUCAAAUACCCAAGAUCUGAUUGUUAAUUCUCCCUUCUAGUUGCUACACAUUUACUUGUAAAUAAGUUAUGAGAAUUUGAUGUAAGAUCAAGAUAACUUUUGCCUGAUAAGUUUCAGUAUUAUCAUUAUCUGUUUGCUGGAUAGUGUUUGGAUAUUAUAGGGAGAAGUUACAUGAAUCAGUCACUUUUGGGAGUUUUUAAAUUGUCUAAUAUUUUGGUCUAAUUUUUUCAAUGCUGUCUUGCCAUCUAAUAAAUUACUAUGAAUUGUGAGCUGAAAUAGUUUUCAAUGUAUCAUGAGCAUAAGUUGUCCUGGGCCAGAUGGGUAUCAAAAUAUUAUAACAUCUGUUAGUUACAGUUUCCCUCAUGGAUUGAUAGAAAGAAGGGUUAUAAUCAAGUGGUUCUACAGGCUCUAUUGUAUAGUUUCCCAUAAGAUACAAUGUACAAAUGGCAAACUAAAAUACAUCUUGGUAAACAAAAUGGGAACAACUUUAACUGAAGAAUAUGGUACAACAACAACAAGUACCACAUAAACAACAGCAGCAAUAACAAAUCUCCCCUACCUAGAGGGCUACAGCCUUUGUCUUGCUUUCUAAACCAUACUGAACAGCUUCUGUGGUACUUCCUGUAAUGCAUUCCUCUCAGCAUGAUGUAGCGAUAUUCUUGUGAAACAACAGGGUAAUUGUAAAGCUGAAUGAAAUUCAUCUCAGGUAAAUUACGGAGAUCACUCGACCAUCCAAGAGCUGAAAUCCUCACCAUAGUUGCUUUGUAUUCGAAGUCGCUCUGGUUCUGUUCUAGGUCCUGAACAACUGUAAGAAGUUCUCGGUUUUCUCCACUACUUGAUGGCAGGACGUGUCACAUCAGCAAAGUGUGAACUUUUGACACUAAGUUGGCUCUGAUUUCGCCUGUUGAUUUUGAAUUAGAUUUUAAAAUCUCCCUGAGAUCUUUUGCUACGAGUUUCUGAAUGUCAUCUAAUGAUGAAAUUUCCAUGUUGUUGUCUUAAAGAACCAUUUUAAAGGGAGAAAUCGCAUUGAAAAGUGUAUUAGAACAUGAAAUGUCAAUAGAUCAGCUGUUUGAAAGAUCCCCAGCCUCGUUAUCGUGUGUGCACAGUUACUAAUCCAAUAUGGUGCCAAGAACUGUAAAAAGGUCUAUUCCUUAUGGAAUAUUUUAUUUUGUUGAAACCAUGAUAUGUUGUAAUUAACAUAAAAUUUCACAGUAAAAUGAUAACUGAGUUUUAUCAACAUGCAAAUUAGCAACUGUGUUAAAAGAUGUGUGACUACUACACAAGUGAUGCAAAGCUGCUACAUAACUCUGGUCUUUAUCUAACUGGUUCUGCAGCAAGAAAUAAAGCUGAAAGAUUUAGGGGCAAACUCCCUAAGGUAAUAGAUGGAAAACUUGCAGUGGGGCAAAAGCUUUAUAAACCUCCUUUCAAACUGGCAGAAGUAAAGCUGGUGUGCUGCAUUUGCAAGUGGUUUCAGAUCUGUUGUUGAAGAGCAAAACUUAAACAAUGCAAGAGUUUCAGUUAUUUUAACAAUUACUCUUUAUUCAAGGUCCUCCUCCCAUAAUUCCUGGAACACCUCCACCGGCUUAUUCAGAAAUGCCACCACCCUACGCCCCACCAAUUUCAAUGAACACUGAGCCAUCUGUGAUCUGCAGAGUUUGUCAACAGCUCAUUUACAUUAAAGGAAGGGAACACCAGCGGGUUGUGAAGUGUGCCAACUGUCAAGAAGCUACGGUGAGAAACUGACUUCCAAUUAUGCCUAUUGAUAAGGAAUGACAUAAAAUUAAUGUAGAUUAAAUUGCAAAUUCAUACUCCUAUUCAGAAGGAUUGACAUAUAUGUAGCUCAGAUUGCAAUUCCAGAUUUUAAUAAAAAAUAGAAAAAAGAGUGAUACCCUCAUGUAACAUACUGGUAUCUAUAGCCAGAAUAUCUAAAUUAAUUUUUCAUUGUAAGCAAAGAAAAAGUUGCAUAAAGGGCUAAGCCUCCACAUAGCAAUAAAUUGAGUCAUCUAACUCUGUCAUUUAUUCCUGUACACUCUUAACAUCAAUAUGCUUUUUCUCCAUACUGUUCUUUACAUAUCUCCAAAGGUGCUGACAAGGAGAAUUUGUUUACAAUCUAGAGCUUCUUGAGUUCUUGAUUAUUUCCUUUAUUGUUGUCACCUUAAUGUCUGAUCCAGGUGUGAUAUUGUGAGGAGAAAGAUUGGAUAUUUUUUUUUUCCUUCCCUCAGCCUAUAAAAGCACCUCCAGCUGGCAAGAAAUACAUUCGUUGCCCGUGUAAUGCUCUGUUGACCUGCAAGGUCUCCUCCGUCAGGAUAUCUUGCCCAAGAGUUAACUGGUCAGUUCUGAACGGAUAUUUCCAUUUGUGAGAUUGAGUUGUCACUCAAUUCUGUGUCAACACUGUAACUCAGAGAAGUGACUGACAUGUAACUUCUCACUUAAAUAUCCAUACAUUAUCCAGCAAUCAGUUAAUGGGAAUUUUCAAAUUUAGCAGAUAGAAGUUAUUAUGUUGAUUCAACACCAAAUUCUCAUAACUAAGUGUCAAGGAAAUCUGUAUCAGUUAGAGGGGAGAAUUAUCAAGUAGAUCUUGGGGUUUAAGGGUUAAUUGGAAAAUGGACGUCAUAGAGAGAAAUUUAUUUGACACAUGUCAACAUUUUUGUGAUCCAGGUGUCCUCCAAGAAGGGUUCUAUCAACAUAUUGUAAAGUUAUUGUUUUUGAAUUAUUUUGUGAUCUUGCAAAGGUAAUUCCAGUUGAUGUAAUUUUCGCCUUCUCUAGUAAAAUUUUCUUUUGGUUUUAUGGCUUGUGUGAAUAAUUUCACUUUUGUCCUUCAGCAAGCGCAUAAUCAACCUUGCAGCACCUCCAAUGCUGCCGCCAGCAGCAACAAUACCAGCUAUGGCUAGAAGUCAGUUUAGAGUGACUUGUGGACAUUGCAAUGAGAUCUUUGUGGUAAGUUCUAAGUUUUUUUUUCAAAAGCAGUUGGCAGCCAACAAAAUUGUUAGGUUAUUUCACAUGUCUCAGAGUGCUUGUUGUCUUUGUUUAAUUAGAUCUCACUGGUCUUUGAAUGAAAUAUGUCAUGUGUCUUCCACCCUGUAAGGUGCACAUACAGUUUUAGCCAACACAAGUUAUAAAUAUAGUUUUCUGUCACAUGUAUUUUUGUUGUCACUCUUUCACAUAAAACUAGCAUUACAGCAUCUGCUAAAGAUACAGGAAGCUUUUGCUUAAAAUACAUAUCUAUCUAUUUACCUGUAUUCUGAUUGAGAAUCAUUUAAAUAAAAAUUUGAGUUUGUUUCAGUCUGGUUAAAUGUAUUGAAAUAAAAUGUCUUUUUAUGUAUUGUUUCAAUUGGUGUCUAUAAGGAAUAUCAAAUCAGCAAUCCUUAUUUGUUAGCUGACUACAUAUAAGCAAGGAGAUGAUCUUGUUUUUAUCACAACAGGCAAGACUUGCAACAAUUGAGAAGGUUGCCAUUUAUUGUCAAUCAAAAUAACAGUUUUGUAAGUGAAGUUAAUCAACUUUGUAUUCCUAGAUUGAUAUGUUUUUUUCUCUCCUUCCAGUUUCACACAACAAGCCACCUGGCUAGAUGUCCCCACUGCAGAAGAAUGUGAGUAUAUAACUGUUCAGGUUUAUCAUCAGUGUAACUUUUCAACAUUCAUAUUGGGAGGUUCAAUAUUACUGGUGGUCUCUCUGCUACUCAGCUAGGUUCCUCAGGGGUGUCUGUUAGUGUAGGGCUUGGUCAAACAGGAACAACAUUGGCACCAUUAGGUUUAAGUGUGAGAGAUUGUCAGUUAUUUCUCAAGGAUUUUGGUCUUGUAUUGAUUGUCUUAAAAGGAUUGUAGCCAGCCCCAGAUUGGUGGGGUGAUCAUGUGGGAGGGUAUAAAGAAUUUCUAAAAGGUGACUUAACUAGCUUAUGGCAUCAUAACAGUGUAGUGGUCUGUGAUGCAUCAGUAUUCUUUCUGUGAUUUAUCAUUUUUAAUGUAUGUCUUAGUUUAAUCUUAAAUCAAUGAUCUGUUUAUCUUAGAUCUUCGGUGGGACCAAAUUUUGCCAGGACUCGUGCCACUAUAUUUGCUGUCAUUGGAUUCAUCUUCCUAGCAGCAGGUGUUGGAGUUACUGUGGGAACCCUGGACCUUGCAAAAGAUUCAGGAGGUAAGCCACAGGUGCACAUGUAUACAGCUAUUUAACUUCUUUCCUGUCUGUCUGGCUUUAUUUCUGUCAAUUGUCGUAGAAAAUUAGAAAAAGGAAAUUUUUGGUUUGUACUGUAAGUUUCGGAUCCUUGUAUUUUUCUAUGGGAGAAAAAGUUAAUUCGUUUAACACACAGUAAGGACUUUGGACUUCGUAUGUAAGAAUUAUUGAUAAAAAACUGGUUAGAGUUUUGCAAAACUUGGUUAUGAAAUUAAUUCUUUUAUUUCUUUCCUCUUCUUUCUUUAUCACUGUGUAGAUCAUUAGUUUUCAUUGAAGAUACACUAAUGCCAAACUCUUUUGUGUUCUCUCUAGGUAUCUAUGUGGUUUGGAUUGGCGCAUUUGUUGCUGGUAUCCUUAACUUGAUCAGAAGUUGCUAUUACUGUACCAUGACUGUCAGUUCAAUUGAAGGAGAACCAUAA